GAGAUGAGGGGAGGAUCAGAGACAGAGGAGAGAGAGAGAGAGAGAGAGAGAGAGGAGCAAUGCCUGCACCAAAGAUAACACAAAGGAAAAAGACCCAGAGGGAAUAAACUGAUAAAAACGCGCUCAGUCCGGUUGAGGAGAUGAACAGAAACCCUGACAAGUGUGUGCAGAACUCCAGAGCGUGAUGUCCUCUCCCGGAAUGGGCACGCCCAGCGACCCCCUCUUAGCCAGCCCAGGGCGAGAGGGCUUCGGGACGGCCCAGGGUGACACAUGGAGGCCGACCCUUCCCAAAACCUGCAGCUUCCCGACGUCCACCACACGGCACCUCAGCCACCGGGCCAAUAGCUUCCAGAGGCAUCCAAAACGGCGAAAGCUCAUCCGCCCGUCUCCGCCCCCUCCGCCCAACACGCCAUGCCCGUUGGAGCAGCUGGACUUCAGUGAUCUGCCUCCACGCCGCACUUUUCCUGACCUCCUCUUCAACGGCUGCAUCCUGUUCGGCAUCGAGUUCAGCUACGCCAUGGAGACAGCCUACGUUACCCCCUUGCUUCUUCAGAUGAAUCUGCCUGAUCAGUUCUACAGCCUCGUGUGGUUCAUCAGCCCCAUAUUAGGGUUCCUGCUUCAGCCGAUUCUUGGAGCGUGGAGUGAUCGGUGCACGUCACGCUUUGGCCGCAGGAGGCCUUUUAUCUUUGCCUUGGCCAUCGGUGCUCUGCUUGGUCUAACGCUGGUGCUAAAUGGGCGGGACAUCGGAUCUACGUUGGCAGACACUGCUGUUAAUCACAAGUGGGGCAUCGUGCUGACCGUGUGCGGAGUGGUUCUGAUGGACUUCAGUGCUGACUCAGCGGAUAAUCCCAGCCACGCAUACAUGAUGGAUGUGUGCAGUCCAGAGGACCAGGAUAGAGGCCUCAACAUCCAUGCCCUUCUGGCAGGUCUGGGGGGUGGAUUCGGUUACAUCGUGGGCGGCGUGAACUGGGACCACACCGAGUUCGGCAAGUUGAUGGGAGGUCAGCUUCGAGUCAUCUACCUGUUCACCAGCAUAACCCUUAUAAUCACUACAGCUCUGACGCUUACUAGCAUCCCUGAGCGUCCUCUUCUGCAGUCUCAAAAAAGGAGCUCGAAACAUUUGAAGAGCCCCAUCCUACCUCUGCCACCUUCUCCUCCUCCAACCGCUGGAGCCCUUCAGGAGGUGGAAGAGGAGGAGGAAGGUCUUUACAGCUACCAGUUCUCUGGCCGUAGGUACCCGGAUUGUUUGGGACACUCGUGUAGUGCCAAUGCGAGGCUCUGUGCAGGUCUCACCAGCCCCAUCUCCCCUCUCAGCCCUCUGACACCCAAAUAUGGCAGCUUUAUCAGCCGAGACAACACUCUGACAGACAUUAACGAGUUUGCAUCAUCCUUGGGAACAUCAUACAUAGAUAGCGUGCUGAUUGACUGUUACACUGGACAGCACAUGCCCCAACCGUUGAAGCCGGAGACCAUGACUCCAUGCCUUCCUAUGGGAGAAACUCCUCCUGCUCAGGUGUCACAGCUGGUCGAGGCACCGUCUCCAGCUGCCAACUCUCAGGAAAGGGAAUUAUCUCAACCAAACGGAGAUCUGCAGGAAGCGGAAAGAUUAGAGGCUAUUGAUGAAGUUCAAGCCAGUGAAUGUUUGGAGUUGAAUGAAGCAUCUGAGCUCAGUGAGGCUCCGCAGGAUGGUGGCAGAUUAAAACGAGGAAGCAUCACCUCAGGGAUCCUAAAACGCCCUCAGAGUCUGGCCUUAAUGGACGAGCCGCUGAUUGGCCCCAGCAACGUUCUGGAGAACGGACGUAGACGCACUGUUACCUUCAGCCAGCAGGUUGCCAACAUCCUCCUAAAUGGGGUGCAAUAUGACAGUAAGCUCAGUGACAACGCAGAGGUUAUAGACACUCAGAUGUCUCUGAAGUUGCUCUGUAUCGCCAUCUACAGGAUGCCCCCGUCCCUGCGCAGCCUGUGCACCAACCACUUCCUGGGCUGGUUGUCCUUCGAAGGCAUGUUACUUUUCUACACGGACUUCAUGGGCGAGGUGGUGUUUGGGGGCAACCCCAAGGCACCGGACAAGUCUGAGGCCUACCAGCGUUACAAUGCCGGGGUCAGCAUGGGCUGCUGGGGCAUGUGCAUCUACGCAUUUAGUGCUGCUUUCUACUCAGCCAUCCUGGAGAAGCUGGAGGAACGAUUCUCUCUGCGCUCUUUGUAUUUCUUCGCCUACCUGGCGUUCGGCUUGGGCACAGGUCUGGCCACGCUCUCCACCAACCUGUACGUGGUGCUGCCUCUUUGUGUCACCUAUGGAGUCCUGUUCUCCUCACUCUGCACGCUGCCUUAUUCGCUGCUCUGUGAAUAUUACCAGAGCCCACAGUUCUGCGGCUCCACAGAGGACGGCACCAGGAGGGGCAUGGGGGUGGACAUCUCUCUUCUCAGCUGCCAGUACUUCCUGGCCCAGAUCCUGGUCUCCGUGGCGAUGGGACCUCUGACUUCACUGGUGGGCGGGGCUCAGGGCGCGAUGUACUUUGCGAGCCUCAUGUCAUUUGUGGGCUGCCUGUACUCCUCGCUGUGUGUGGUGUACCAGCUGCCACCUCCGGAGGGCAGAGCGGAUGUUGAGACUGGAGUGUGAGCGACUACAGCUCAGCUGUAACGGAGAAGUGCCCACUACAGAAGAGACGAGCGAGCCAAAUCCACUUUUUUUUUUUGGCCAGCAGGCAACAGAUCAGGAAGACACAUUAGGAACUAAAGUGGACUCAACAUGAGACUCAAAAAGUACAAUGCCUUCAUAUUCCACUAGGGGGCAAACUUACUGCUUUUUCAGUGCAAGUAACACAAAAUGUCGAACUGUUCUGCGAUUUUUGGAUUUCCAGAAUUCAGCAGCUUUGGGCAGUCAGGGGGGGAAGGGAGGAGAGAAAAAAAAAAAAAAAAAAAAAAAAAAAAAACACCAGAAGCUGAACAUGUCAAUAAAGCUUAACACUGUCUCUAGACUUUUUUCAGUUUAUCUAAGCAUGCUUGAGAGAAAAAAAAAAUAAAUAAAAAAUUUUAAAUGGAAAUUGUUGAGCAAUAGCAACUCAGGAAUUACGAAGUGCUUGAAUUAACUAUUUCUAAACUCAUUUGAGGAAACAUUUUCAGUAUCAAAAUAAAUCAAUUAGUUACUUAUUCAUAUUCAAAAUAGAAAUGGGGGUAAAGUUUAUAGUCUAUCGUGCUGGAUGAUGAGAUUAAAUGAGAUGACGCACGCAAAAGACUUCGGGUCAGGUGAGAAACAGCAACACAACAUCGGUUUAAAAAGACGAGUGAUUUUAUUUAUACGCCUGAACCAGAAUAUACAAAGCAGUGGUCAAAAGCAACCAAAACACAAAACAUCAGUGCCAGCAUGUUGACCGUUUCCCAUCCUGCACUGCCCACACGGAAAAAGAAAAAAAAAAAAAAAAAAAAGGGAAACAAAAACCCAAACUGUACAUAAGGACGUAAAAAAAAAGAAAGGUACAAACCUUUUGGAAUGCAUAUGAAACAAAAGACCAAAAACCUUAAGGUUUAAGAGGGGUUAAUUAACAUAAGCUAGCCAGGAAAGGACAAAGUUAUCUUUUCUUCUCUCGUGCACUAAGGAGACCCAUUCAUGGACGCCAUCUGUUGUGUUAACAGAUAAGCUGAAGCAAGGGAUUAACUACUAGCAGCAGAAAACAGCCAGGAUCAAAAUGUUGUCCAUUAGCCCCUGCUUAAAACUUUUAUCUUUGGUCUUAAGUGAAUCUGAAUUAUAUGAUCACCCAUAUAAACAUCAGAACAUGAAGGGGAGGAAGAAAAAAAAAAAAGGUACGUUAUAUACGUCACGGCUUGUACGUUUUUACGGGUGAGCGUCUGCUGGUCAAAAAAACGCAGUAGAAUAUGUGCUUGCACAUGAAACUUGUGCAUAAAAAAAUUCUCUUAGAUUUUUUUUUUU